AUGAAUUUGACCGCAUUAUUGUGGUUUCCAGUUGUGCGAAAUUCAAAAGGAAUAGCUGUUUGGCAGGAAUCGGAUCGUCGUAAAUUCCCGGAAGGCAAAAGUGGACGUCGUUUCACCUGGCAUAAGUCUCCAACUGUUUACGCUUUGGCUUUUACAUUAUACUUUUUCUACGCUAAAUUCCGAAUUGAUACUGAUAAGGAUUAUAAACCAAGUAAGUUGAGAUUGUGA